AUGUCUAGAAACCAGGACAUAGAGGAUCUUGAACAAGAGAUCAGGCUCGAUGAUAUCGACUUUUCAGAUUUGGAGGAAAAGUAUACUGUUAAACCAGAUUUUGGAGUCGAUAACUAUGUUGUUGUUGACGGCGCGCCAAUAGCGCCAGAAGCAAAAAUUCCUAUUUUAACUAAAGUAUUAAGAAAGUUGUUCAGCACUGUAGGUGAGGUUGUUGAAGGUGACGAAGGAAUUUACAUGCCUUUGGAAGGUGGAAAAUCUAAGGGUUACUUAUUCGUUCAAUUUAAGACUACUGAUAUGGCUGAGGCUGCUAUCAAGCAAUUGAAUGGUAAGAAAUUGGACCAAAAACAUAGGUUAUUAGUGAAUAGAUUAACUGAUAUUGAAAAAUAUGGAACCGAAGGAAAUAUCUCGACAGAAUUUGUGGAACCAGAGAUCCCUCCGUUCAAGAGCCACGGGUAUUUGAAUUCUUGGUUACAGGAUGAGCAAGGAAGAGAUGAAAUGGCUCUUCACUUUUCUGAAACAGUUGGUGUUUAUUACAAUAAGAAAAAGAACGAACCGGAGGCUGUUAUUGAACCAAGAAAGGGCUUCACUUCAAAGUACGCAAAGUUCUCUCCUAAAGGUUCUUACCUUUUCUCUAUUCAUCCACAAGGUGUGCAAUCUUGGGGAGGUAAGGAUUUUGAAAGCAUCAGCAAGUUUAUUCAUAAUCAAGUGAGGCUUAUAGACUUUUCUCCAAACGAAAAGUAUAUGGUAACUUUAUCCCCUCUUCCGAUUACGAUGCCAGAUACUAUCGCUGAACGUGCAAACUUCCCAUUUGGACCAGAAAGUAAGGGCCAUAAAUUAGUAAUUUGGGACUUGGCCACCGGAGAUCCAGCAAGGACUUUCGCUUUGCCCCCCCAUUUGGAGGGCCAAAAGGAGAUGCCAUGGCCAUUGGUAAAAUGGUCAUAUGAUGAUAAAUACUGUGCUCGUCAAGGACCUGGUGCUAUUGCUAUAUAUGAAACUCCUAGUUUCCAGUUAUUGGACAAAAAGCUUGUUAAGAUCGACGAUAUAAUGGAUUUUGAAUGGGCACCCGUUCCUAUCCAUUUAUCUGGUUCAAAGAAUCCAACUGGUGACCAUGUACUUUCUUACUGGACUCCCGAAAGCUCUAAUCAAACUGCUAGGGUUGCAAUUAUGCAGAUUCCUACUAGGCAAGUUCUUAGAACUAUUAACUUGUUCCAGGUUAGCGACUGUAAAAUGCACUGGCAAGAUGAAGGUAAGUUUUUAGCUGUCAAGGUUGAUCGUCACACCAAAUCAGGUAAAACGGUUUUCUCAAAUAUUGAUUUCUUUAAAGUUACGGAGAAGGAUAUUCCCGUCGAGAAACUAGAAUUAAAAGACGUUGUUGUCAACUUUGCUUGGGAACCCCGGUCUGAGAGGUUUGUCACAAUUUCCAGUUUGGACGAUGGAAACAAUAAUCCAGCAAUUCCAAAAAAUACUAUAUCCUUUUACGCUCCUAAUUUGACGUCAAAGGGCAAGAUUACUUCUUCUAAUUAUCAACCAUUCAAAGUUAUCCCUGACAAACACUCUAACACUGUUUUCUGGUCUCCAAAAGGAAGAUUCGUUGUCAUUGCUACCAUUUCCAAAACUAGUGGUGAAAUUGAAUUUUAUGAUACUUCAUACGAAGAAGAUGGGCCUUCUGCUAGUGGCAAAAAAUCCAAUCACGAUAAUGUUAAAUUGAUGAAGACUGAUAAGUAUGCUGGCAUGACCAAUAUUGCCUGGGACCCAUCGGGGAGGUUUGUUACUGCUUGGUCUUCUAUUUGGUUACAUAGCAUUGAGAAUGGUUAUAAAUUAUAUGAAUUUACCGGUAACUUGCUUAGGGAUGAGACAAUCGAUCAUUUCAAAGAAUUUAUAUGGAGGCCAAGACCACGUACUUUAUUGAACGCAGCUGAUAGAAAGAAAGUUAGAAAGAACUUGCGUGAUUAUAGUGUUCAAUUUGAGGAAAGUGAUGCUAUGGAAGCUGAUGCAGCUACUAGAGAAGCUAUCUUGGCUCGUCGUAGAGCUUUAGAAGAAUGGAGAGCAUAUAGAGCCCAGCAUUCUGGAAUGCGUGUAGAGAGGAAAGACGUUCAAGCUGAAACUAUAGAGGAAAUUAAGGAGGAGAUCAUUGAUGAAAAGGAAGAAAUUGUUGACUAA